ACCGUUUACAAAUCACCAGUUCCGUGAUUCCCAUUACGUGGUUUCCGUUGCUUCCAAGUUGGCAGCUCCAUCAUCACUCAUUUACACUAUAAAACCCUAACAACUGGAAUAAACCUCUUCACAUUUUUCCCAUUACCCCAGACCUCCAAUUACAGCCAAAAUUAAAAAACCGAUAACCAACAAAACAUGCUGGAUAUUUGGUCAUGGAUAUGUGGCCUACCCUACUCUACUGCGUGGGCCGAGUCAGAGUCUCCACUCAUCUUUACACUGGCGAGCUCAUCUAGGAGUCAGGAUGACUCAACUCAAGCGAUUCAGCUCAGAGCUGAGAUGACCUUGGGGUCCGACUCGGAACGUCUGGUGAUCUUCAAAGUUUACACUCAGGGCUUUGACCUUGAUGACUCUCAAAAGACUCUAUGGGUUUCCGACGCCUGUACUCUCUCUUCAGACAAACCAUUCCUCCCGCUGUUUCUCCAGCUCCUCCACGAAAUCAUCACCCACUCACCUACCGCGCAGAAUAGCACCUGCCCCCGUUCUCAGCUUCAAAAACUCAACCCCGACCCGGUUGCAUGGAUAAUGGAUUCGCACUCCCCGGAAUCUUUCUCAAGUUUCUUCGAUUUAGUCUUUCUCAUGCGUCUUUUCUGGUUAUGUGCGUUUGACGCUCCGAGUUUAGUUGGUUCACUUUACUUCAGUACUACUUUGGGUCCGAACAUUGAGGCGUUAACCUGCAAGCACGCGCCGGUGCUGCGAACCUUUUUGAAAUUAGUCGGCGUUGAUGCGGAGUUGUGUUUUAUGCGCACUCUGGGGUACAUGCUAGCAAAAUGGUUGAUUUUGAGAGAGUUGGGCGUAGGUUUACAGGCGGUAACGCCCGUGCCACGUCAGCAUCUCGGGUUCGCUUAUGCCACGGAGGCACAUGGUUUCUGGAUUUUAAAAGGAUACGCGCCGAUUUCCGCCAUGAAACAGACGCGCUCCAACGGAAAUACCAGUUUUAAGUUCCCGAUCAUGGAAGCUAAAGAAUCCGUUCUUAGAUACGCCUUGGCUCACCAACAGCUUGAGGCUGUCCUUCAGCUGGAAUACUCCGUGGAAUUUCACGAUGGCUAUAUUCAGGUGAAUGCACGCGUCGACAAUCUACGCUUCCACGUGGCGAAAUUAGGGUUUAAUAAAAACGAAGACUUAGAAUACGCAGAUGAAAGACAUUUCCCGACAAGGAUACGGGUUUGGGUCGGGCCAGAAGUCGGGUGCAAUUACGUGGCUGGGUUGAGCUUAGGCCGGUCAACGAACAACGGCGAGAGAGAAAUUGAAAUGCAGAGGAAUCUAAAUAGCAAUUACGGAAAUUCAAAGAUUCCGAAGGUGAAAGCUCGGGCAAGGAUGACAACAAAGACGAAGACGAAAAACUGGAGGUGGGAUCAGGAUGUUGAAGGAAACGCUGGCGUUUUCGAUGCAGUUUUGUGCGACAAUACGACUGGUCGAGAAAUGGCCACGUGUAAUGGAGGCAGUGGCAACAGUAGCCUUAGAAAUAGAUACAUGGGAGGAAAUAGGCCAUUUACGAAAACGGGUGGGCUGGUUUUUGCAAGAGAUGAAUAUGGAGAGGGAGUGGGAUGGAGAUUAAGCAGAGAAAUGGAAGGGAGUGUGCUGAAAUGGAGAAUUGGAGGGCAGGUUUGGUUAAGUUAUUGGCCUAAUAAUGUCACGAGUUCUUAUCGUGAAACUAGGCUUGUGGAGUGGUGCGACGAGGUUGAUUUGCCUUUAAUUUCUGGAAAAUAAUAGAGCUAGAAUGUUGAUAUAUGCUGUAAAAUAUUAUAAGCUACUAGUGUAAGAGGUCGCAUAUAGAACUGUAAUAAAUGAAAGGUAUGGCAGAGACGCCAUUGAUGCUUGUGAUAA